UUUCUCCUCCCCUUUUUCCCUCGGUGCCCUCUCUCUCUCUCCCCUUACUCUCUCCUCUAGUGGCUCCGCCUCCCUCUAAUGGUGGUUCACACCAGCUGAGGCGGAGCUCGGCCGUGCCCCGGCGAUCGCCGAUCGGACGGUCGAGGUCGCGCCGAUGACCGCGCAUAGAGGGAAAGUGGGGUGAUCACGCGGAGUCGGCGGAGUUCGUGGCGCAGUACGAUCUCCUCUUCCUGCGAUCUCGCGAUCUCAGCUGAGAUUUGGGUUCGGUUACUCGAUCCGCUGGUUUUUGUUCCAAAAGAUGCUGAGAUUUUUGUUGCAAAUAAUCUUUGGAGCAGGUCAUGAACUAGUGCCUCAUAUUUUAUGUGUAUAAGCUCAUCGUUCAACAAGUCAAAGAACAUGGAGGAAGUUCAAGAUUGCAAGUCCAGAAGCAUCAUUGGUGCUUCGGGUUCUGUACUUCCGCAACUUCUUAAGUCUACUCAGGAUCAAAGUUCAUUACAGAAUUUUGCAUGGGCUUGCCUACUAUUGGCUAGAAAAAACUACCUCCUGAAAGAAAAUGGACUUGUUCCAACUGAGUAUGAGAUAGACAUGCCUAGUUUGGACCAUAGAGAACUAAAGAAGAAGAAGCCUAUUUCUAAGGCCAAGUAUAGAAGCAAUCGCAGUGAUCAGAGAUCAAAUGACUGUUCCCUUUCUAGCCUUCACGACGAUGUUGCCCUAGAGUGUAUAGCUUGGGCAAGUAGAGCUGACUAUCCUUCUCUUUCUUGUCUGAAUAAGAGGUUCAACUCAUUGAUUGGCUGUGAAGAUUUAUACAAGAAAAGGAGGGAACUUCGUAUCAUCGAGUAUUGGGUAUACUUAGCUUGUACGUCAAUGCCUUGGGAAGCGUUUGUUCCUUCCAUAAGGAGAUGGAUGAGGCUACCAAGGAUGCCAUGUGAUGUGUGCUUUUCUAAUGCGGAUAAAGAGUCUCUUGCUGUAGGAACUCAGCUUCUCGUUUUUGGUCAGGAAUAUGCUGGAUCUGCUACUGGAUCUGCUACUCAAUCUGCAGUUUGGAUGUAUAGUUCGGUGACUCGCAAUUGGUCCAGGGGUCCCCUGAUGAAUUUACCCCGUUGCAUGUUUGGGUCUGGCAGCUCUGGCGAAAUUGCCAUUGUUGCUGGUGGAACUGAUGAGACUGGUCGUGUCUUAAAAUGUGCUGAACUGUACAAUUCUGAUUACCACACUUGGGAACCUUUACCGGAUAUGAAUUUGCCAAGGAAAUCAUGUUCCGGAUUCUUUAUGGAUGGGAAGUUUUAUGUCAUAGGGGGGAUGUUGAACAACACUGAUUCUUUAACCUGUGGAGAGGAGUAUAAUAUUCAAACUAGGACAUGGAGGAGAAUUGAGAAUAUGUACCCUGGAGGUAAUAAUGCCAUUCAGUCUCCUCCUCUGGUUGCUGUUGUGAAUAAUCAGCUUUUCGCAGCUGAUCAGUCCAUGAACACAGUUAAGAAGUACGACAAAGAAAAUAACACUUGGAAUGUCGUGAAGCUGUUGCCUGUUAGGGCCGAUUCUUCUUAUGGUUGGGGUCUGGCUUUUAAGCCAUGUGGUGACAGGUUAUUGGUCAUCGGUGCUCGUAGGGUGCGUGAUGGCAGAGAAGUCCUCGUGCUGCACUCUUGGUGUCCGGAUGAUGGAAGUGCUGGAGGAGCAGAGUGGGAAGUUCUGUCUGUCAACGACAGAGUUGGUGGUUUCGUCCACAAUUGUGCAAUAAUGGGAUGUUGAAAGCAUUGCAGAAAAGCUGCUUACUACUCACAUGCAUAGAUAGGCAAUUUUGCCAAGUUUAAUGUAGGAGCGGCUGAUUUUACUGGUAAUUUUUUGUUUCGAACUUUUACCUUCAUCACUUAUUUAGGAGCAGCACUUCAUUUGGCACUCUUUCUGCUAAAGUUUCAGAAGGGGACUGAGGACAUUCAGUUUAUUUGGAAAAAUUAUUUUUGACUCUAUUGGUUCGUUUUCCAUUAGCAUGACAUUAGACUUCUUUGGUGUGUGAUCUGGCAUUAACUUGCUUAGUUGUGCUUGUUUGUUGUUUUAAA